AACAUUUGUGUUUCAUGUCAUUUUGACGUUUACUCUACAAGAUAAUGAUGUUUUGAAUUACUUAUAUUAAAUUAUUAUAAACUUUGAACAAUUAUUUAUUCCAAACAACAAUUACGCUUGAUUGUGCAUGAUCAGUGAAUCACUCUGGAAAUUCAAUUCAAAUUAUGUUCAUCAAUUGGCUUCAUUUUAUACAUGUAAACAUUUUAUGAGAACUUGUGCUUCUAUCUAUUCCAUCAAUGUUUUUCGUUUAUUAAGUCGCUAUUUAGCAUCGUUUUUGCUUUAAUUUAUUUUUUGGCCUUUUGCAAUUUUAUUCAAAAGAUGAAUUACCUGGAGGAAGUUAUAUCUAUUUUCUGAAAAGUGUAAACAGUUUUAAAAUUCAACUAUUGUCUAUUCAAAUCAACCAUGCAUCAUCAAGGAGAAAGUAAUAGUGUUGAAGUAUUCUCUAGAAGAUUUGUUCCUAUUCAAGAAGAUGCAACAGCUCAAGAAAAUUCCACCCAGCAACAUCAAUAUCACACUUAUGAGAAUCAAGCGUCAAAUGUGUCACAGUUUGCUUCAGCGAUUUCUGUUUCACGAUCAUCAACUCCUUUAGUGAACGAAAUCAAUGAUCUACCUCCAAGCUAUGAAGAAUCAAUCCGUUCUGAUAGUUCUAGCACAAAAAAUUUAUCAAUUGAUGGGAUUCAAUCUUAUGCUAAAGUGAUAUUUCCGUUCAAUGCUCGUAGAGAUGAUGAACUUUCUUUAAUUCCUGGUGAAAUUGUUCAUCUUAUUCAAUAUGCUGAUGCGGAAGAAAAUUGGAUUCUCGGUGAAAUUGAUGGGCGUAUUGGAAUGUUUCCUAAGGAUUUUGUUAAAAUUAUAGUAGACUGUAUGGAUAGGAGGAAAGCUGCGUCCUUGGUUGUCUUUGAUUAUCCUCCUGAUACGUAUGGUCGUGUCUUGUUUAAUUUUGAUGCAGAGUUUGAGGGAGAAAUAUCUGUUAAAGAAGGCUCUACAGUUUUACUUUUGCGUGGCUUCAAUAAUGAUUGGGUUGAGGUGAUUGAUGAUUCUGGAACAGAAGGGAUUAUACCUCUAAACCACGUUGAAGUUAUAGACACCACGUUACCCACUAACACACAUCAAAUUGAUUCAACUGGUUUAAACCAAAAUACGAAUCUACUGGAAUUCAGUCCCGACGAACCCGAAGUUAGCCCUUUAACUCAAGAUGUUGAACGCCUAUCAUUAAAUUCAACAUCUCAACCUGGCCAAUAUUCAAACGCAGAAGCAGUCUCUCCAGCUCAUCUCAAUUCAAUUCUCACUCCAGCUCGACCCUGUCCUCCAGUCCCUCGUCAUCCUCUACCAACAUCUAAAAGUCCCCCUUUAAUUACGCCUUCGCCGAGGACAUCUUCUCUUGGAUUACCACCCUCGCCUUCCCCUCAAGUUCCAAUCAGAACUUCAUCUAACGUUCAAUCUACACCACUACCUGCUAGAGUAACAGAUUCAUCAAAUCGCAAUAGUGGAGCUGAAGCUGUUACGAAAACUGGAGGGGAUGAUGAUCGAACUGAAGCUAGAAGAAAAAAGAUGAUGGAACAACGAAGUUGCAUUGUUACAGAAAUGCUUCAGUCAGAGCGUGAUUACUGUCAAGAUUUGCGUGUUUGUGUUAAAACUUUUCUCCAUGACGCGACUGUAAAAAACCAAUUAAUUGAAAAAGGAGUAGUCUUGGAAUCUCUUUUCUGCAAUUUUGAAGAAAUUAUUACUGUUAGUGAAAAAUUGACUCGUUCUCUCGAGGAAUCUACUUUGUGUCGUAAACCAGAAAAUCAAAUGAUAGGUAAAUGUUUUCUUACUCUUCAAGACGAGAUGAAGCAAGCUUACAUUGUAUAUUGUCGUGACCAUGAAGAUGUACCAACAGCAUGGAAACGUUAUGAGGAAAAUCCCGAGAUCCGAGUUAUACUUCAAAGAGGAUUAGAUCGUAUAAAAUCUGAGACUAAUUGUUUUGAUGUUCCUUCCCUUCUAAUUAAACCUGUUCAAAGAAUACUCAAGUAUCCAUUACUUUUGAAUGAGCUUCUCAAAUGUACAGAUGAGACUCAUCCUGAUCGUGAUGACAUUAUAAAAGCAGCUCACAUGAUAACUGAUAUGGCUCAAGAUAUUAAUGAACUUAAGCGUCGUAAAGAUCUUGUCUUCAAGUACAGAAAAGGAAACAGCUCAAGUUUUUCAUCUAAAAUAUCCAAGCUCAAUCUGCACACUGUAAUGAAAAAAUCUGCCCGAUUAGGUUCCCGAUUAACUACAACAUUUGGUUUUUCAACCGGAAUAAAGGACGAAAAAUUUGAAGAGGAAGCAAAUAAGUUUAAAAUAGUAGAGAAAACAAUUAAAAUCUUUCUAAAAGAUUUACAUUGUUUUAUUGAAUCAAUGCAAGAGUUUGUCAAUACUUGCUUUCAAGUAUCGGAAAAUGUUGCCACAUUUUAUGCAGAAAAGUGUAAUCAAUCUGAUGUUGAAGAGUUUAGGACUUGUCAAAGACUAUUGAAAACUGAACAUUGGGAAGCAAUGAAAAAUGCAUUAGAACUUCAUGUGAUAAAUAUUUUAAAGCAACUAUUAAGUCGAUUUCAAAAUCCAAUUAAAUUAAUUGAAAAACGUAAUGAUAAAUUAUUGGAUUAUGAUGCAGCCACAAAGAAAGUCGAGUCAAACAAAGAUCCAAGUAAACAGAGAAGCCUCAAGGAGGAACAAAUUAUGGCCAAAAACAAUUACGAAGCAUUAAAUGCACAACUUCUAGACGAGCUACCUUUAUUCACCGCACGAACAGUUGAAAUAAUACAAGGUUGUGUUCACGCCCAAAUCAAGAUAAAGAAAUUAUUUCUCGCCAAAAUAACUGAAGAAAUGAUGAAACUGUUGGACUUGCCAUCCAUGUUGGGUUCAUCACCAUUGAAUUCAACAUCAGUAUUUGAAACAUUUCAAAUCAAGUAUAAUCUAAUUGUCGACCAAAUGGUCAAAGACUUUGAACUGAUUCCCGUCAACUUAUUCCCUAAUGCAACUGUUACGGGAUUUUCUCGAACCUUGGAUCGACGAAGCUCACGAGAUUGUAAAAAUACCAAAGGAUCUUCAACUUUAUUGAGGAAAUCAUCUGUCAUUUCAGAACAAGGUGAAACUGACCGUUACCAUAUUGAAAAUAAUUUCAAAGGCCAUGUGUACCGUGUUAACCGUAAUUAUGAAACAACUGAAGUAGCAGGUUUAUCAGUGAGAAAAGAUGAUUUAGUUGGCGUUAUUAAAUAUAAAGAUCCUUCUGGCAACUGUCAUCGUUGGUUUGUCGACAAUGGAACAGAGAAAGGUUUUAUUCCUGAAAAUGUUCUUUCUCCCUGUCCUGGAACCAUUGGACCUGGAAAUAAUUUUGAUACUUUACCCAAGUCUAACGGAUUAACUGAAUUAAACUUGCUCUCUUCAUCAACUUCUAAUCAUGUUCAACGAAGUAAUUCAUCAUGUUCAUCAUCUUCAUCAAAUACUAAUGCAACUAUUGGAAGUUUAGGAAGCUCAUCUAAUCGGACAAUAACUCGUCCAGCCCCAAGACCACCCAAUUCAUCUAUCCAAAGGGCCGAAUCAUUUUCAAUUAAAGCACCAGCACCACCGCCUCCUCUUCCUCCCCGGUCAACCAGCAUUGAUGCCGGCAUUUAUUAUGAUCCAGUCUCUAAAGAAGGAAUGGCUAGUUUCUAUCAAAAUUUAGCACAAACUGGCCGUAACUCUGUUGAUUACGGAAGUGCUCGCUAUUCAAAUAUUGAUGAAUUUGAUCCAUUGGUGUCACAAAUAAGACAAAAUUCAUCUCCGAUUGAGCCUCACAGAUAUGAAGACAUUGAAAAUAUACCUGAAGAAAGGUAUGAAAAUUUAGAUACUAUUGCAGCUACAAAUUUGAAUGAUCGUCGAACACCUAUCAAUGAAACUUGGAAAGCAGCUUAUCCUUUCAAUCCAAAAGGACCAUAUCAAGUAUCCCUUAGCAGAGGAGCUCCAGUCUUGGUUUUACAUAAAAGUGAUUUAAAUGGCAACUCAGAAUGGUGGUUUAUAAGAAAUCAUUUAGGGUCAGAGGGAUAUGUGCCGGCUAAUUAUCUUACGUCUGACCUUCAUUAAUGCAACUAAAAAAUUUAUAAAAUUAUUGUUGAUAAAAUCGUUAACUGAAUAAUCUCAUCAAUUCCAUCUCAAUCUUGUUUCUUUAUGAUUUGUUGUUGGCUUCUAUCUUCACUCCAUACAAGAAAAACUCAAUGUACAUAAAUCUUUAAUUACAAAUUAAUUUAAUUCCUUUC